AUGCGCAAUACCACGCAGCAAAAGGGUGCGUUGAAACGUUGGCCAAAUGCGAUGCUAGAAAAUUAUGCGACGGAGCAACUCGAGGAAAACGAGAUGGCGGCCGCACCAGCGUCACCAGCGCCAGAGGCGGCUGCUCAAGCACCUGCGGCCGCGGCUAAUUUGGAGGAUCUUUUUGGAGCAGAGACACAGCCUGCGAGGGAAGAAGCUUUGCAAAGGCAUGACAAGGCGGUGGUGGAGCCGGGAGACAUGCGAUUGGCAGCGGUGCGCAAUUUGUUGCUCAGCAUGAUGCAAGACGCUCGCCCAGACGCGCGUGAUCACCUGCAGCGCAUGCUCGAAUUUGCCGAUUCUGUGCCGACUGACGUGCCGAAGGCAGCGUCAAGCGGUUUGCCAAGAAGCUUAGCAUCUGUAUUAUUGUCCACGUCAACCUCCGAAGCGCUGGGAGCAAUUGCAGGAGAGGCGCCAGGCAAAGGACGCCCGCGUGCAGAUCCACAGGCUAAGCUUGCCAACGAGCUAGCCAACAUGGGCUUUGCCCAAGAUGCCGUGCAAGAGGCUCUUGCCCACUGCAGCACUGCAGAUGAUGCAGUGGAUUGGCUUCUUGCAAGGAGCUCAUGA